AGGAGAUGACCAGAGACUGCGGACACAGUACAGGAGAUGACCAGAGACUGCAGACACAGUACAGGGAAUGACCAGAGACUGCAGAAACAGUAUAGGAGAUGUCCAGAGACUACAGACAGUACAGGGGAUGACCAGAGACUGCGGACACAGUACAGGAGAUGACCAGAGACUACAGACAGUACAGGGGAUGACCAGAAACUGUGGACACAGUACAGGAGAUGACCAGAGACUGUGGACACAGUACAGGAGAUGACUAGACUGCGGACACAGUACAGGAGAUGACCAGAGACUGUGGACAGUACAGGAGAUUACCAGAGACUGCGGACACAGUACAGGAGAUGACCAGAGACUGCAGACAGUACAGGGGAUGACCAGAAACUGCAGACAGUACAGGAGAUGACGAGAGACUGCAGACAGUACGGGGGAUGACCAAGAGACUGCAGACAGUACAGG